GCCAAGAUUUGGCUGCAACUAUUUAAUUAACAAAUCGCCAGAUGAUAUUCAUGGCCGUUGAUAAUUAGAAUCUUUCAUCUUAACAUAUAUAACUGAAGGACUAACGCGUUCAAUAGAUGCCCUUAACCAAGAAAAAUUUUGGUGAAACUCUCUCGGUAAGAUUGAAAGAUGGGUUGCACUCGGAUAUUGAAGUAUCCGCCUUUGGGAAGUCUUAUAAGCUCCACAAACUUCUUCUCCGUGCCAGUGGCUACUUUAACAACUUAUUUGAUGGUUCGUGGAAUGACUCUACGGGUGUUCACAAACUAUCACUAGAAGGCUGUAGCAAAUAUAUCACCGACAGGGGCUUCAAAUAUUGUAUUGACUUCUUGUAUGGAGUAAAUAUCAUUUUCCAAGAAGGUGAGUAUGACAACUUCCUCGACGUCAUUGAAACGGCUCAGUACUUGGAUAUUCCCGAACUCGUUAGAACGGCAACCCUUCAUGUCAUUUGCACUUUUUCUAUGUCUAAUAUAGCUUCAUAUCUUGACUUCGCAUAUGAAGGUGAUUGUGGGGUUAGAAUUGCUAUUAUCCACCUGAUUGUGAAUUUAUUGUGCAAUUCGGGAUGGGAGGCUGAUAUUAAUAAUUGGAUAGGUAUUCCCCCUGAUGUUAUUAGACGAGCUCUCAGUUCAGAUGCAUUUUUCGUUCCCAAUGAAUGGGAGAGAGUUUUGUUUUUAAUAAAGCUUUCCUUUGCUUUCAAGCAUAUCGUUGACCAUGAAGAAUGGCCCAAAUAUCACAAAGUGUUCAAAGAAUUGUUUAAGUAUCAUAUCUAUUAUACUAAUUUGAGUUCCCCUCAAUUAAAUACUUUGCAAGAGUACUCCGAGGAUAAGUUGAAGGAUCUUGAUAUAUUAGACGCUGAAGUUAUUCGAAAAUCGUUAUGGCAACAGGGAGAAAUACAGAGACGUAUAAUAAAGACCACAGGCUUAAAGGUUGGAUUCUGUGAGAACCAGAUAUUCAGAAAGGAUUCUACUAUGGCAGAUAUAUGCAAAAAGGGUAAGUCUGUAGUAAACCAAGAUUUCCUGUUCUUUACGGGAACUCUAGAUUCAAUUGAAAGAAGAAUAUUACAAAACAAUGGCAACAAAUCUAAAGAUUUGACCAAAUAUUCUACAGAUGAGCUGAUUGACAAGAUUUAUCAUGUUUCAUCUGUCCCUCCCUUAAGAUGUUCUAUCGUGAUAAAUGACUCAGACAAGCUUUCAGAAGGCAUGAAUUACUUCUAUAAAGCAGGUGACUACCUUGGAAAUACAUGGUGGCAUAUGAUUCUGAGAUCUAAAGUUGGAUCAAAGAAGGGAAAGUCAAAUGUAUCAUAUUUUUUGCUGUUUCAUAAGGAUACUCCCCCGAAUAUCAACUACUUUAAAUUCAAAAGUAAGCCUGUCAUCUUGGUUACCCUGGAAAAUCAAAUCAAAGAAUUUGAAUCUCUGGAAGGACUCCUGUCCACUGAACUAGAAAAUUAUGGUCGACAGGCUCGCAUGUUGGAUUUGUCUGAUUUCAACAAGGAUUCUACAACUUCCCAAUUCCCAUUAUUGGCUCACGACCUGAGAAGUACUCUAUCAGCGGUCUACGGUCUAUAUUUACAUAUAACAGAAGAAAAUGUUAUGCAGUAUAAAGGUUACAACCAUGAUUAUAUAGAAACGAUUGGUUUGGGUACAUUACUGGUUUUUCAACUGAAGAAGAACGAGUGUACAGGCAGCAUUAUAAAAGGAGGUACAAGCAUUAAGGCUACUAUGGUGCUCAAUAUAUUCUGAGUAUAACACUUCCCGAGCUUAAUUUGCAAGCUGGCUUCUAACUUAUGUAGAAGUAUCAGUUAAACAUUAUUUAAAUGAAAACGCUACUGGAUAUAUGAAGUUGCUUCAUUGUGUAGUUUCCUAAUUUGAUCCCGGUGAGUUAAAAAACAGCUAAAGUCGGUAAUUCUUUCCAUUAUGUACGUAUGGAGUAACUAUAAGGUUAUUUCAGAGAACCGCCAAGAUUUGGCUGCAACUAAUUAAUUAUACUCGCCAGAUGAUAUUCAUGGCCGUUGAUAAUUAGAAUCGUUCACCUUAACAUAUAUAACUGAAGGACUAACGCGUUCAAUAGAUGCCCUUAAUCAAUGAAAGUAUUACUGAAGCUCUCUCGGUAAGAUUGAAAGAUGGGUUGCACUCGGAUAUUGAAGUAUCCGCCUUUGGGAAGUCUUAUAAGCUCCACAAACUUCUUCUCCGUGCCAGUGGCUACUUUAACAACUUAUUUGAUGGUUCGUGGAAUGACUCCACGGGUGUUCACAAACUUUCGCUAGAAGGCUGGCUGUAGCAAAUACAUCACCGA